UAAUGCUAAGAAAUUGUGUACGAUAAUAUUUCUGUUUAGAUAGAAUGGUUAGCUCUAAAUUACAUUUUGUAAAAGAGAAAGAUGCAAAGACAGAUUAUGUUUAUUAUGAAUAAAAAACUGUUUUUUCAAAAGAGAAGGGAAAUAAGAAAUAUAAAUUAUUGGAUGUCAAAGUCCCUGAUAUAAAUGUUAAAAAGACAUAAUUCUAUGUUUUCGAUAAAAAUACUGUCCCAGUACCAAGGUAAUUUUAAAACUAUUCACUAGAUAAGUGUAUACAGCACCAUUAAGAAAAUAUGUUAAAUAAAAGCUUUAAAGAGAUGAAUUUGUCAGAUACAAAAAAGCUUAGACUACAAUUCAAGAACAAUAAGAAGAAUAGGUUGAUGAAUUAUGGGGUGAAAAUCCUCCAAUCAGAUAUUUUGAAAGACUAGUAGCAAAGGAUUUAUUCUUUAAUUAUAGAAGCCCACGAUUUGCUGAAUACAAUAAUAGAAAAAAUGACUUUCUUUCAAAUCCCUCUGUUCAUAGUGAGGUCAAAAAUCUCAUUUAAGAAAUUAAAUAGGCUUCUACAGUCUAACUCUCAAGAAGUAAUUUUCUGUAUUAUAAAAUUAGUUUAUCAUCCAAAUUAUUUUAUUGAAGAUCAUUAUAAAAAACUACCUGAUCUUUUUACUAAACUCAAAGAAGCAGUCUCUUAGGCAAAUUUUAAGGAAAUCCCUAAAAUUGCUUGGAUGUUACAAAGUCAAUUGUUAUAUAAGGAAGAUAUCUAUAAAAUCUGGGAAGUUAUAGAAAAUAUUGUAAAACCACAAAUUCAUCAUUAUUCGGUUGAUGAAUUGAUAUUAUUGAAAAGAGGACUAGCAACAACAUACCCAAAAGCUGGAAGUUAUGAGUUACACAACUUAAUAUAUAAUUUAGUCUCUCAAGAAAAGUUGAAUGUUGAUUAAACUAUUGAAGCCCUAUAUGCAUUUAGAACAUUUAAUAAUGAUAAAUAUGCAAAAGUCUUAAUAGAUAACCUUAUUACUCUAUUACCUGAAUAUAAAAAUAAUCAUUCAAAAUUAGCUUAAGCAUUUUAUUCAAUUGCUAAUAAUUUGCCAAAAAAACAUUUAAGAGCAAAGUCUUUUGAUGUUACAGCAAAUGAUAAAUAUAGGUUAAAUGUUAUGAAUGCUUUUGUUGGUCCAUUAAAAGAAGGAAAAUAUAAUAUGGAUGACAUAACCAGAAUUCUUUUAGGUAUUUCCAUAUUAAAAGUACCAAGUAUUUAUUCAAAUCUAUUAAGAUUUUAAUGAUUUAAUCUUUUUAUUAGAAAAUUAAUUACAAGAACCUGAUGAAUAUUAAUUAGUUCAUAUCUUAUAUGCUCUUUCAAAAGGUAAUAAUGGAAUUCAAACUGGAACAAAUGAAACUUAUAAAUAUUUAGAAUAAUUUGUGUUAAAGUAUUUUGACUAAUAUGAACACUUAGAAAAAUCUAGAGUAUUUAUUUGAAUUUAAUAUUUCUAAGAUAUACUAUGCUUAUUCAUCCAUUUAUUCAGAAUUUGCUCACAAUCCUAUAUUCUUAAAUUGGGUUAAAGAGAAUAUGUUAAAAUUCUCAUUUUCUGAAUUAUAGAAUGUAGUAUAUGGUCUCAUGUUUAAUUAAGUAAAUGAUUAAGAGAUUUGGUCAAAUUUCUUAAAAAAUGUAGCAACUAAAAGUGAAUAUGUUCCCUUGGCUAAUUAUUAUGCUUUCAAAUAAGCUAAAUUUUAUAUAACAUAAUUCUAUCCAAAUUGGAAUUUAAAACCAUUUGAAGAAGCCUGUUAAAAUGCUGAAAAUAUGUUCUUAGCAAAUAGAACUGAAAGAUAACAUUUAGAUCAAUAAAUUAUAGACUUUUAAAUUGUAAUUAAUAAUUUCAUAUAACAAGGAUCUUAAUACUCAUUUAUAAUAUGAUUGGAAAACAUACUAUAAUUGGAAUAACACAUAUUUUUUCAAUAUUACACUCCCAGAUCAUAGAGUUGCUAUUAUUUUGAAUACUCCGCGAACAACUAUUAAUGGAAAACCAAGAGCUUAAUUGUAGCUAUAACAAUAAGUAAUGGCUACAUAGGAUUGGAAAUUAUUGAUUUUUGAUUAAACAGAACUAUUUUCAAUGAAAACAAAGGAAAGAGCUGCAUUCUACAAAAAAACCAUUGAUGAAGCUAUUGAAUCAUAGAAAGAAAAGAUGAAAGCAUGGGAAGAAGAGAGAAGAGACUAAAUUUAUGAACAAUUAUUAAUUCAAGCUGAAAAUGGUAUGACCCCAGGAAAAAGAUUUGUUAAAAGAGAAGAUCUUAAAGGACUUUCAAGAUUUCCAGUUUGAA